UCCUCCAUCCACUUCCACCCUGCUUGACUGACGCAGCUGGCCAUCAUCGUCUUCCCGGGCCAUUCGAAAAUCCGACGCCGCCAUGCUGAUGCAAUUCCUCUCGCUCCCCGCCGCCUCCUCGCCCACUCCCCACCUCCCGCUUCCCAGGACCUUCAAGCCCCUCGCCUCCUCCGCCUCCUUCCGCCGCCCCUCCCAGCCCCCGCCUGCGCCCCCAAAACCUUCUCCACCCCCGCCGCCGCCUCCUCCCACAAACCCCCUCUCCUCCAAGCUAUGGCUCUCGAGCAAGCUCUCCCCACCGCCGUCUCCGCCCCCGCCGCCGUCGCUCGAGGCGAUUGAGGAGCCUCCGCCUCCUCCGCCACCGCCGGAACCGGAGCCGGAGCAGGAGGCGGCGCCUCUUCGGCAGGAGGACUUCCGGCAGAAGGGCAAGGUCUUCGUGGGGAACCUGCCGCUGUGGGCGAGGAAGCCGGAGAUCGCCGAGUUCUUCCGCCAGUUCGGGCCCCUGGAGAAGGUGGAGCUCGUGCGCGGCCACGACGACCCCGAGCGCAAUGUCGGCUUCUGCUUCCUCUACUACGGGGGCGACGACCCGGAGUCCGCGGCGGAGCGGGCGGUGGAGGUGGACGGGGUGGAAUUCCGGGGGAAGUCGCUCACCGUGCGACUCGACGACGGGAGGAAAGGGAGGGCCAGAGCGGAGGAGCGGGCGCGCUGGGUGGAAGGCGGGGAGCGGCGGGAGCCUCGCUCGCCGUGGCACAAGGGCAGGGACGAGGCGUGCCGCGAGUUCCGGAGGGUGCUGGAGUCGCGGCCCGAAGACUGGCAGGCCGUCGUCUCUGCUUUCGAGCGGAUACCCAAGCCAUCAAGGAGGGAAUUUGGUCUGAUGGUUGUGUAUUACGCCAAGCGAGGUGAUAAGCAUCAUGCUCGUGCAACAUUUGAGAACAUGAGAGCAAGAGGAAUAGAGCCCAAUGCGUUUGUCUUCACAAGCCUUGUUCACGCUUAUGCAGUUGCUAGAGAUAUGCGUGGUGCACUUUCAUGCAUUGAGGAAAUGAAAUCUGAGGGCCUUGAGCUGACAGUUGUUACUUAUAGUAUCCUUAUUGCAGGAUAUGCAAAAAUUAAUGAUGCUCAAUCUGCAGACAACUUGUUCAAAGAGGCGAAGACCAAGCUCGACAAUCUAAACGGAAUCAUAUAUAGCAACAUUAUACAUGCUCACUGCCAAUCUGGGAAUAUGGAUCGAGCUGAAGAGCUGGUCCGUGAAAUGGAAGAGGAUGGAAUUGAUGCUCCUAUUGAUGUUUAUCACAGUAUGAUGCAUGGAUAUACUAUCAUUCAGGAUGAAAAGAAGUGUCUAAUUGUGUUCGAAAGGCUGAAGGAGUGUGGCUUUAAACCAUCGAUAAUAUCUUAUGGUUGCCUAAUUAAUCUGUAUGUCAAGAUUGGGAAGGUUCCUAAAGCGUUAACUAUUAGCAAAGAAAUGGAAUCAUAUGGUAUCAAGCAUAAUAACAAAACUUACUCUAUGCUGAUCAAUGGAUUUAUCCAUUUGCAUGACUUUGCAAAUGCUUUUAGCAUAUUCGAGGACAUGCUAAAAUCAGGUUUGCAGCCUGAUCGUGCCAUAUACAAUUUGCUGAUAGAGGCAUUUUGUAAGAUGGGAAAUAUGGAUCGAGCUAUUCGCAUAUUUGAAAAAAUGCAGAAGGAACGAAUGCAACCAUCAAAUAGAACAUUCAGGCCUAUUAUAGAAGGAUUUGCAGUUUCUGGAGAUAUGAAAAGGGCUCUGGAUACCCUUGAUCUGAUGCGGCGAAGUGGCUGUGCUCCUACUGUAAUGACUUACAAUGCUCUUAUCCAUGGGCUAAUUAGAAAGCAUCAGGUUGAAAGAGCCGUUUCUGUGCUUGACAAGAUGGCUAUUGCUGGCAUUGCACCAAAUGAGCAUACAUACACUAUCAUUAUGAGAGGUUAUGCUGCUGGUGGAGAUAUUGGAAAGGCUUUUGAGUAUUUCACCAAAAUCAAAGAGAGUGGUCUAAAGCUUGAUGUGUACAUUUAUGAAACAUUGCUCAGAGCCUGUUGCAAAUCAGGAAGGAUGCAAAGCGCCUUAGCAGUCACACGAGAGAUGAGCUUUCAAAAGAUACCAAGGAAUACAUUCAUAUAUAAUAUUUUGAUUGAUGGUUGGGCUCGAAGAGGAGAUGUCUGGGAGGCUGCAGAUUUAAUGAAACAAAUGAAAGAGGAUGGAGUCCCUCCUAACAUCCAUACAUAUACAUCCUACAUAAAUGCUUGCUGCAAAGCAGGAGACAUGCGGAGAGCAGAAAAUGUGAUUCAAGAAAUGGCAGAUGUAGGAUUGAAACCUAAUGUCAAGACAUAUACCACCUUGAUUAAAGGUUGGGCUAGGGUGUCACUACCAGAUAGGGCGUUGAAAUGCUUCGAGGAGAUGAAAAUGGCUGGGCUUAAGCCUGAUGAAGCUGCUUAUCAUUGCUUGGUGACCUCACUUCUCUCACGGGCAACUGUGAUGGAGGGAAGCACCUACACAGGAAUCUUGGGUGUCUGUAGGGAAAUGUUUGAGAAUGAUUUGACUGUUGACCUACGCACUGCUGUUCACUGGUCUAAAUGGCUUCACAAGAUUGAGAGGACAGGAGGGGCACUAACAGAAGCACUUCAGAGAAUAUUUCCACCUGAUUGGAAUUCAUCAGAAAAUUUGGAGGCUUCCAAUUCUGUAAGUGAUGGAGAUUCUGAGUCUUGCACUGAUUCAGAUUUUAGUGACAAUGAUGAUGAUCAUGAUAUUGAUGGCCACUGACAUAAUAUCAAGACAGUGUUAACCUUUUUGCAAUCCUUCACUACUGCUUCAGUGCCAGAGUUAAGCCAUCAAGGCUAUUUGCUAGUGGACUGCCAAGAGGAGGGUUUGGAAUCUUACCCUGUUUUUAAGCCUCAGCUGUCGGGGCUCUGCGGCAUUUCUUCAAGAGUCGCAGACGCUCAGUAACACUUCUGCUGGGGCUGAAGGCACAGGCUGUCAAUGCAACAGACGAAGGUCACUCAGUUAUGUGUGUUUCUGUACAGACCAAUGACUCGUAGUACAGGUAGGUUUUCUUGUACAAUGACUCUGCGCAACAUUUUGCAAAAAGGAAAUUCUUGGCUUUCUUUUGCGUCGUUCAUGUCAAUCGUACCAGCCAUAAUAAGAAAUUAAGAAGGCCUCUGCACUCAUUUCGUAGUAUGACAUUAGUAGGACCUAGGGAGUAGGGGUUUGUGGGGCUAUGGUUGAAUACCGCCUCUGUGGCUCUGUCAUUGGCAUUGAGCGAGCAUUUCCCAGCACAGGACUUGUAACUGCACUUGGCCAGGACAGUACUCCUAUGUUAUAGUAGUGUAUACACAGAGCUUUGUAACCUCUUCUCUUCCUUUGAUAAGCUAUGAGCGGAUUAGCUGAAUUGCGUGCUACCAAAACCAACUGAUGAUUUUAAACCAACUUGCUAGAUAAUGUGUGUGGAUCCUUGUCUUUGUUCUAAUGAUUUUA